AUGGGCGUCCACGGCGCCCUCUUGCGCUGCUGGGGCGGAAAGCAGACGCCCUUCGAGUUAGACGGACGCAAGAGAGACAGCGUGUGCUACGCGGAGUUCGGCGUCCGCGUCCCCAACACGUCGGGCGGCGCCUACAUGUACAGCUACGUGACGGUGGGCGAGUUCAUGGCCUUCAUCAUCGGCUGGAACAUGGUCCUCGAGGAGCUGAUCGGCACGGCCGCCUGCGCCUGCGCCCUCAGCGCCUGCUUCGACGCCAUCGCCAACGGCGCCAUCUCCUCCGGCAUGGCCGCCAACUUCGGCACCUUGUUCGGCGAGCCCCCCGACCUGCUGGCCUUCGUGCUGACGCUGAUGAUGGGCGCCGUGCUGGUGGCGGGCGUGCGGAAGUCGGUGCAGUUCAACAACGCGCUGAACGCCGUCAACCUGGUGGUGUGGCUGUUCAUCAUGGUGGCCGGGAUGUUCUUCGUGGACACCGCCAACUGGUCCGAGCACGACGGCUUCAUGCCCUACGGCUGGUCGGGGGUGAGUGAUGACGGGCGCGCCACCUGCUUCUACGCCUUCAUCCGGCUUCGACAUCAUCGCGACGGACGGGCGAGGAGGCCGUCAACGCCCGGCUCCAUCCCCUACUCCAUCGUGCUCUCCCUCGUCAUCAUCCUCGUCGCCUACGUCACCUCGUCGGCCAUCAUCACGCUCAUGGUGCCCUACACGGAGAUCGACGAGGACGCCGCCCUGGUCGAGGUGUUCGGGAAGGUGGGCGCCUACAAGUGCAAGAACUUCGUGGCCCUGGGGGCGCUGGCCGGCCUCACCGUGUCCAUGUUCGGGUCCAUGUUCUCGCUGCCCCGCAUCGUCUACGCCAUGGCCAAGGACGGCCUCAUCUUCAAGAGCCUGGCCAAUGUGUGGCCCGUGACGGGGACGCCCGCCGUGGCCACCGUCGUCUUCGGCCUCGGCGCCGCCUUUGCCGCCAUGUUCAUCUCCCUCACCGUCCUCGUCGAGAUGAUGUCCAUCGGCACACUGCUGGCCUACACCCUGGUGUCGACCUGCGUGCUGAUCCUGCGCUACCAGCCGCACUCGACCACGCUGCUGGAGAUGCUGCCCGAGAGCAUCCGCACGCCCAUCAGCGGCACGCCCCUGCCCGGCACGCCCACCAAGUCGCUCAGCCAGGUGAGGGCGCGCCCGGGGACGUCGGGGGCGGCGAGUUCGCCUCGGGGGCCUUCAGGCUCUGCUGUUGGUGUUGUUAUAGUCCUGCAGAGGCUAGUACAUCUCCGCUUCAAAGCCAAAGUGGCUCAGGCCCCGCCCUCUGUCCUGGGAGCCCUUCUGCCACUAAUCAGAGGCAGCCCACACCCCUGCCGGCGUCUUCUGGCCCAUAGAGGCCAGCCCCCCCGCUCAUUAGAGGCCAGCCCCCACCUGCCCCUUCUGGCCAUAGAGGUCCAUCGCCAUGCCCCCUCCUGCCCCUGCCCUCUGGCCCCAGAAAUGCCUGAAGAGAAGGGCCGGCUGACUGCCGCCUCUCUUUGUCCCAGCGCGCAGCAAGCAGACAUGACGCCGCGGAGGGUUAACAAGAUUGUGGGUGAUCUUGACCUCCACCCCAGUCCAAUUGAGACUACAGGUGAAAGGCGCGUGAUGAUGAGGUCGUCCCCGGACUCGGACGACACGGCAACACGGAGGAGAACAGCGCCGAGGUCGUCCCCCGGGAGGAGGACGUACAUGGUGAGCGACAAGUGCGAGAACAAGUACUACGGCGCCGUGCACGUCCGCCGGGGAGGCCAAGUGGUACGACAGACUACACGUAUAUCGGACUUGUCACGUAAUCUUGGACUAGCGCCCCUAGUCCAAGAUCACGUGACAGGAGCCGGUGUCCGAUGUCAGGAGAUAAAUCCUUCUGAGGGCCUUAACGAGAUGUCAGAGGAAGGAGAGGAACCUCGCCCCUUCACUCAUGUGAUGACGGGCGCCGCCACCUGCUUCUACGCCUUCAUCGGCUUCGACAUCAUCGCGACGACGGGCGAGGAGGCCGUCAACGCCCGCCGCUCCAUCCCUUACUCCAUCGUGCUCUCCCUCGUCAUCAUCCUCGUCGCCUACGUCACCUCGUCGGCCAUCAUCACGCUCAUGGUGCCCUACACGGAGAUCGACGAGGACGCCGCCCUGGUCGAGGUGUUCGGGAAGGUGGGCGCCUACAAGUGCAAGAACUUCGUGGCCCUGGGGGCGCUGGCCGGCCUCACCGUGUCCAUGUUCGGGUCCAUGUUCUCGCUGCCCCGCAUCGUCUACGCCAUGGCCAAGGACGGCCUCAUCUUCAAUGCUAGUGUGACACGGCCUUCAGGUGUCCGAAGGGUUAUGAGCUCAAGUUCCGUUGGUUUCCUGUCAGAAGGAGGGAAAGGCUUUGAGUUCGUAGGCUUGCUGUGUCGGCCGCUCCUUUGGUUGACCUGGCUUGGGGGAUCGGAGUCCCCUGGUGAGUUGCCAGUGAUUUAUUUCCUGAGACUGGACGGAGUGUCAGGACGUGACCACAUUUCCCCAGCGACGCUUUUGCAGGAAACGAGGAGAGCACGGCCGCGCCCUCCAAGCGACGCCCUUUGCCCUCAGCUGUUCUCUCCCCCCCACAGGAGCCUGGCCAAUGUGUGGCCUGUGACGGGGACGCCCGCCGUGGCCACCGUCGUCUUCGGCCUCGGCGCCGCCUUCGCCGCUAUGUUCAUCUCCCUCACCGUCCUCGUCGAGAUGAUGUCCAUCGGCACACUGCUGGCCUACACCCUGGUGUCGACCUGCGUGCUGAUCCUGCGCUACCAGCCGCACUCGACCACGCUGCUGGAGAUGCUGCCCGAGAGCAUCCGCACGCCCAUCAGCGGCACGCCCCUGCCCGGCACGCCCACCAAGUCGCUCAGCCAGGCAGACAUGACGGCCGCGCUCGGGGGGCGACAGAGCAACCUGCAGGCGGUGUCUCCAACGCACCUGACGGCGGCGCUGCAGCAGAACGGGGGCGGCAGGAUCACGCCCUCCGGCCUGCCCCUCGACCAGAAGAUCACGGUGAAGCGCGUGAUGAGGUCGUCCCCGGACUCGGACGACACCGGCAACACGGAGGAGAACAGCGCCGAGUCGUCCCGCCGGGAGGACGACUACAUGGUGAGCGACAAGUGCGAGAACAAGUACUACGGCGCCGUGCCCACGUCCGCCGGGCAGGCCAAGUGGUACGACAGGUACGUGGAGAUGGUGCAGGUGAUGUUCCCGUCGCUGUUCCCGUGGGUGGAGGAGGGCCCCUGCACGGAGGAGACGGGCCGCCAGGUCAUGAAGCUCGUCGGACUCUUGUACCUGAACGUCCUCAUCCUGGACUCCAUCCUUGUGCGCGACCUGAGCCAGCUCGAGGGACACUCGCCCGUCACGUCCUUCUUCUGCAUCAUCUUCUUCCUCAGCAUCAUCUACAUCCUGCUGCGCAUCUCCCGGAAGCCGCAGAACAGGCGGUCGCUGGCCUUCCUGGCACCGGGUCUUCCCUGGGUGCCCGCCAUCGCCAUCACUAUCAACAUCUAUCUCAUCUUCAAGCUGUCCAUCCUGACUCUGAUCCGCUUCGUUCUCUGGAUGACCAUUGGCUUCAUCAUCUACUUCUACUACGGCAUCAAGAAGAGCACGGUGGGCACGGGCGAGGACGGCGACAUCGAGGUGCACGUGCUGCCCAGCCAGAUGCGCCAGCCCGCGCCCGCCGCCGCCGACGCCCUCUCGCCCUCGGCCUCGCAGGCGGCACCGACGGAGAACCUCGUCUCGCCCGGCAGCCAGGGCGGCGCAUACCAGCAGCCGCCGCAGCCGGAGGCGCCGCAGGACUCGCAAGUGUACGUCUCGCCCAACCCCAACAACCCCUUCCGCUAGGGCGUCCGCGGUGGCGCCGGCCGUGCGGGGGGCGUGGCGACGCGGCCGCAGGGCUGCCCGGACGCGGAAGCGGGAGGGCCACGGAAUUAGGAAGCGGCCUGCUUGCUUCUCGCUGGCGCUGCAGGCAGGGCCUCUCCAGGUGGGCCUCGAGGGAAAGCAGUGCCUUCGGGCAUGCGUGCCGCCGCGUGCCACAAGCGCCUCGGCAGCGGGAGAAGGAGUCCGUCUGGUCGCUCGCCCCUGCUGGCGCGCCGGGGGGGCCUGGCGCCGGCGGAGGGCGGCCGCUCCACUGGGUCUCUGUUCCGUUUUCAUCAAAAGUAAUAGAUGUAUUUGAAUAGUUUUUAAUGAUGAUGAUAAUGUUAAUAAUAAUAGUAAUAUUAAUGAUGAUGAUGAUAAUGAAAAGGACGGAAAACAUUGUUAAUAAGACGUUUGAUGUAAACAGAGAAUCUUUUGUCCACUCAAUCCGAGGUCACUGAACGGUAAAUCGCUUUCGAAGGCAGAGACUUUGCCGCCGCGGAAGCAAGCACGCCAGCACCCGCCCACGCCCGCAGGAAAGGGCCGCCCGUCUCGCUCCCCGCACGGACACCCCCCCCCCCCCCCACGUUGCAUCGCCUUCGCCAGGAGGGUUGCACGCUGCACACCUGCCAUGUUGCAAGAGUCUCCUCCCGAAGCGCAUCGGUGUUAUUGGUCUUUUGAAAGGCGUUGCGUUGACCUUUUGGCCGUUGA